CUGUUUGGUUGGUUGGUUGUUUUUUUUUGUGGAGGGUGUGUGAAACACUCAAAAUGUAACCCAGCCUGCUGAAGAGGAAUUUGAGUUUGUUUCAGUGCCUGAGGGGCGUUGUGUUUGAUUUACUGUGCCACAGGAUAAGGAAGUCGAUACACGAAAGAGUCAGAUCUAAACCGAAAUGAGUUUGCAGGCAAGUUCUGAACAUUUUUUGAGUCGCCAAUAAGGAAAUAACAAGCAUUUUAAGCGAUCCAUCAACCGACAAUUGUCACUCUCUACAGCCAGAAUGGAUUUGUUAUUUAAUUGCCAAAGGAAGCCCCUGGAUUAAUAGAUAACCUUGUAAAGUUCAGCUCCAUUUGGAAGUUUUCCUCUCUCUCUCUCUCUCUCUGUGUGUUGUCUGUGGAUGAAUUAAUCGGAUCCGGCUUUCGAGACACACAUCAGGAAGUGCUGAGACUCAACAGGUUGUCCUGACAGUAAAACCUAACCCAAUUCGGUGCGUAGAACAGGAAUAAAGCAGAGAGUUCAGGAAGUUUGAGGCUGCUACAGCUCAGAAAGUGUGGAAGCAGAGAUUGUGAAGGAGUGAGUGUGUGGUGUAUUGGCCAUAUGGUGAGCAGCACAGAAUGAGGCACAUCCCCCAUGUGGUUUGGGUCUUGUCACUGACAGUGAUGCUCUCCGACAGAUUCUCCAUGACAUUUCUGAGCGUGGAUUUUAACAAGGACCUUACAUUAGUGAAGAAGGCAGAAGUUGGAUCUCGCGUUCCCUCCGCAUCCGGGAAGAGCUAUUCCAGAGGGAAGAGGAGGCUUUCCGUCAUCUCUGGCAACCCCGAGAUUGUGGAGGUGAUAACAAAUGUCACAAUAGGGUCAGGUCGGGUCCCUCUCACUCUUUCUGUUCAGGCUGGAGAGGUAGGAGAGAGCAAGAACAGCCUGGACAUUCAGCUCUGGGAGUCACUGGGCAACAGACUGACCAGACUGGUUGACCUUAAAGGUGAUGUCCAGGUUCAAAAGCUUCCAGAUGAGCGACAACCAUCACCACUUCUCACCGCUGACCCUCUGAUGUACUUGCUUCUCCUGUUGGUUUUGUUGAAUAAAUGUGCUUUCGGGUGCAAGAUCGAUUUGGAAAUCUUAGGCAACCUCUGGAAGCAGCCCCGACCUGUUAUCAUUGGAGUUGCUGUGCAGUUCGUGUGGAUGCCAUUCUAUGGUUUUCUUCUGACCAGACUGGUUCAGUUGAAUCAAGUCUUGUCUCUGGGCUUUAUUAUGGCUUGCUCUUGCCCUAGUGGAGGCGGGGGCUAUCUCUACGCUUUAUUUCUCGAUGCAGAUGUGACCUUGGCUAUUUCCAUGACCUUCAUAUCUACAGUUCUGGCUGUCGUUCUGAUGCCGGUGUCUUUUUCAAUAUACAGUUUCAUGCUCGGUGCAUCAAACAAUCUACAUAUCCCAUAUUUGAUAAUUGGAUCUACCCUCCUUUCUAUUGCGUUGCCUAUAUCUUUUGGAAUAUUCUUAAAACAGAGAAUGCCCAAUGUCGCCAAGACUGUUGAAAGAAUAAUACGACCAUUCAGUGUAAUUAUCAUCACAGGAGGCUUUUAUCUUGGAUUCAAAAUGGGAUUGACUUUCUUACAGAAUGCUGACCUCAAGCUAUGUUUACUUGGAUUGUUAGUGCCACCAUUUGGCCUCUCUAUUGGAUACUUAUUUGCUGGUGUAUUCAAGCUCGCGUUUCCAGUGCGUAAAACUGUAGCAAUAGAAAGUGGAGUGCAGAAUACCUUAUUGGCGCUGGCAAUACUCCAAUUUUCUUUUUCUCAACCGGAAGCUAAUUUAAGCUCCGCAGCUCCCUUUGUUGUAGCUAUCAGUGCAGCCUGUGAGAUGAUAUUGCUAUCCUUGGUUUACACCUGCAGGAAAAGAUAUUAUAACAAUGAAUGGUUGCCUCUAUGAUAUCUCUUUCCAAAAGGACUAAAUGCUCAUUGAGUGUUUUAUUCUCAUACAGUCAGUAUCCGUAAUUAUUAGAAACGACCCUCUUCAGAUAUCAGUUUAUUCAAAUGAUGUAAAUUUUAUGCUUAUCAUGUAUAAAUGCAAGUUGUGCCUGUUGUUAUCACGGUGGGAGAUGGUUGUAAUGUUUUCAGUUUAAUCCAUCAAACAACUCACAAAAUUCAGAUUAUAAUCUGAUUACAAUGUUUUGAUUAAUUGGUCAUAAAAUAGCACCGAUACAAGUCUCUUGAAAGGAUUAAGUGCCAUUAAUAUAGGAAUAAGUUAAAUGGUUGAUUUUUUUCCAAUAAAAAAGUAUUUUUUC